AUGAUUGUUAAAGGGCUUUCACAUAUUCAUCGCAAAGGAAUCGUCUACUGUGACCUCAUGCCAGAGAACAUUCUUCUGUUUCCUUCAUUGGACAAAGAGAGUGCAAACUAUCAACUGAAGAUUGCGGAUUUCGGAUUAUCUAAGACCAAAGAGGAGAAAGUAGAUGUUGAGGUUUGGAAGUCCAAGCCUAGAGGUACGCCAUCAUUGCCUGCAUGGGUGUUUUCUGUUAUUGAUUUUUUGGAAAAGUGCUUUAUGAAGGAUCCUAGCAAGAGGUGGACUGCUGAGAUGCUUCUUGAUCAUCCUUUCCUUUAUAUCACACUUUUUCCUUCAUAUUAUCUUGCGACUUGGCUAUGA